UCCAGCAGCCUCCUUCCCUCCCUCCUCUCCCCGCACCCCCUCUUCUGCAAACACACACACACACACACACACACACACACACACACACGGCUUCGUUUCCUCCCCUUCGCUGAACUCCUGUAGCCGGCGAUGGUGGAUCGCUUCCUCGCACCGGUCACUGGAAACCCCUCGGCUGUGAUGUGAAUUCUCCCCUAUUCUACCCGUCACUUUUGACUGACCAAUGGAGCGGGACGUUGAGAGCCCCCUGGCCACUCGGCAGCCGAAGCUACCGAAGCAAGUGCGUGAGGACAUCCCGAAGCAAAUAGGCUCGGGUGGUCAAGCUGCCGUAAAGAGUGUCCAGAGGUACGUGCGGAAGGACGGGAAAUGCAACGUUCACCACGGCAAUGUCUGGGAGCGGUACCGUUACCUGACUGAUAUCUUCACUACAUUAGUGGACCUGAAAUGGAGACUCAACUUACUGAUCUUUGUUAUGGUCUACACAACCACUUGGCUUUUCUUUGGAAUGAUCUGGUGGCUUAUUGCUUACAUCCGAGGGGACCUAAGCCACAUAGGGGACGCUUCUUGGGUGCCCUGUGUUAACAAUCUCAAUGGCUUUGUCUCAGCCUUUCUCUUCUCCAUUGAGACUGAAACCACCAUUGGCUAUGGCUACAGAUUCAUCACAGACAAGUGUCCCGAAGGCAUCAUUCUACUCCUGGUGCAGUCCGUGCUGGGCUCCAUAGUCAAUGCCUUCAUGGUAGGGUGCAUGUUUGUAAAGAUCUCGCCACACAAGAGAGCAGAAACCCUGGUGUUCUCCACCAACGCUGUGAUCAGUGUCCGCGACGGCAAGUUGUGCCUGAUGUUCCGAGUUGGGGACUUGAGGAACUCCCACAUUGUCGAGGCUUCGAUCCGUGCCAAACUGAUCAAAUCGAAGCAGACCAAGGAAGGAGAGUUCAUCCCUCUCAAUCAAACAGAUAUAAACGUGGGCUACGACACGGGAGAUGACCGGCUCUUUUUAGUUUCCCCUCUAAUCAUUUGCCAUGAAAUCAACCAGCAGAGUCCUUUCUGGGAAAUCUCCAAAGCCCAGUUGGCCAAAGAGGAGAUGGAGAUCGUGGUGAUCCUCGAAGGAAUGGUGGAGGCAACAGGUAUGACAUGUCAAGCUCGGAGUUCAUACGUUACCAGUGAGAUUCUGUGGGGCUACCGCUUCAUGCCUGUCCUGUCGCUGGAGGAGGGAUUCUACGAGGUUGAUUAUAACAACUUUCAUGAAACCUAUGAGACAAAGACCCCAUCCUGUAGUGCCAGAGAAAUGGCGGAGAUGAUCAGCAAAGCAGAACUGCCCCUCACUUGGUCAGUCUCUUCCAAACUUAAUGAGGAGGAAGAGGAGGAAGAGAACGAGGAGUGGGGACAAGCUGAAGACAAGAGCCACGAGGAGCAAGCAGAGCAGAAUGGGGAGGUUACAAAUUUAGAGAAUGAAUCCAAAGUGUGAGGUGGAAGGAACUUCUUUGCCUCAAGACAGACAGGAAUAUCACAUUUUAUGUGUGUGAUGAAUGGUAUCAGGGUGUGAAGUUCCCACCUGCACAACACACUGAUGAAAUUAGAUGUUUGAACAAAAAAAACACUUGAGUUAGGAAAUAUGGUAGGGUGCAGGGAUCAAGCUGAAUUAAUAGGACAUGGCGUGGUUCACAAUAGGAUUUUUACUUUAGUAAGAUAGACACAAAAUCUGUGUUCAAUAUAGAGAGCUGCAAAAAGCAUAUCAGCCACAUUAUAGAGCACAUACAUGUGUUCAGAAGCUAUUUAGAAAACAGGGGAUGAAAUUCCUCUUUGGUGUCUCAUGCUCAAUGCAUGCAAACUUGUUAUUACUCCCAUGCAGUUGCAUUGAUUUCAAUGGACUGAAUGUGCAAAGGCAAUUACAAGUAGCCACUAAUGUACCCACAUGCAUUCAGCAUCAGUGACCAAAACCAGAUUUCUCCUCACUCACACUUUGGUGCAGGUAUUGCAGAUGGUCAGUCAACUUUUUAAAGAAUCCCAGCUUCCCAAGUAGUUGGAAGUCCUAAAUACCUAUUUCUAAUGUUCUGCUGUAGAGGUGAAUGCAGGCUAAUGAUGCCUUUCUAAGUUAUUAAAAGAAAAUAAAUGCACACACAUGGACAAACUAUUCAGUAAUUCACAUUACUGGAUUCAAACAAGGUCUCAGAAAGGAUGCUGGGCAGUGAAGGGUGUUGUGCUUUUAAAGUAGCUCCACUGUCACAGGAGUUACUGCAAAGAAUUAUUUUUGAAUGUUAUUUGCAAGUUGCUUUCUUCUUAAAACAUGUUACUCUUUUUAAUUCCAAUGUGACUUCCUUUGAAAAGAGGCAUCCAUUCAAAGAAUACUGCAUUAUUCAGCAGCUUUUAACUUUAACCAUUGUCACAGUCCUCUCAAAUCAUACAGGAUACCCACAUUACCCAUCACAUCCUCCCUGUAAUGGAAAAAUUAUUUUCCCAAAGCCUGCCUUGGGUGUAAGUCAGUUGUGUAGAUGCCACAGAGCAGGAAGAAGUGUGACAGAACGUAAAAUGAACACUGGAAAUCAGAAGUAAUGCUCAGAAUAAACCAGCCUUGUGCAUCACAAGAAACCCUUUAUUCAAACUGGCUAGCUGGCUAUAGGGUUUUUUGUCUUAACCUGUCCUCUUCAGAUGGACAGAGAUCGCCUGUGUAUUUCUAGUAUUUCAUUUGUUUUCCUGGAUUUAAAAACUGAAGAAUAUCCUUCUGAGACAGUUCAUGAAUAAUACUGUACAUAUAACAACACAUAUUUGUGUAGAAUUUUUGAAAAUGUAGAUAGUUUGUACAGAAAUUGAGCACUUUAAUCUGCAUUGAGUCAGUGCCGAAUCAAGCCAUUCAGCCCAACAAUUCAUGCUGGUUUUCACGCUCCGUUCAAUCCUCCCCUCAUCCUUAUCUAAUUUGAUCAGCAAUCUUACUCCUUCUCAUAGGGCAAUCUCAUCAUCCCAAGUAUCAACCUAUUGAAUCAAUGCUGCACAAACUCCAAGGCAAGUAUAUGGAAACCAAACAUGCACACAAUACUCCAUAAGAGUUCUCUCCAAAGCCCUGUGUAUUUUCAUUAUGACUUCUUUACCUUUGUACUCCUAUAUUUGUUUAUCUAAAUACUUGCUGUAUCUGCAUUACAUGAACCAACACACCAAGAUCCCUCUUGACAUUUAUUAGUUUCCCACAGAAAUGUUCUGUUUUUCUAUUCUUCCAACCUGUGGAUAACCUCACAAUUUCUCCCCCAUUUUUCUACAUUUCACUCUGUCAAUCAUCUUCUUGCCUAUUUGCUUGAUCUGCUUUUUUCCAUUUGCAUCUUCCAUACAGCACCCUUUCCACUUACAGCUAGAUCAUUCGACUUGUCACUGUCUUUUGAUCUAUGUCAUUAAGAUAAAUUAUAAAAUAAUCAAGAGCAUGGGACUGAUCUCUGUAAUGCCCCACUGGUAACACUGUGCCAAUCUGAAAAUUAGCUAUUUAUUCCUACUCUGUUUUUUAUUUAACCAAUCUGUUAUCUGUGCUGAUAUGUUACUCCAUUCCUUGAGACCUUAUUUGAGACCUAUUGAGACAUUGAGACCUAUUGUGUGAUAUUUUCCCAAAUAUGUUGCAGUUGUACAAAUCAUUGGUGAGGCCACACCUGGAGUAUUGUGUACAGUUUUGGUUACCCUGUUAUAGGAGAGAUGUCAUUAAUCCAGAAAGAGUGCAAAGAUUUACAAAAGUGUUGCCAGGACUCAAGGGCCUGAGUUACAGGGAGAGGUUGAGCAGGCUGGGACUUUAUUCCUUGGAGUGUAGGAGACUGAGGACUGAGAGGUGUAUAAAAUCAUGAAGGGCAUAGAUAGGGUGAAUGCACACAGUCUUUUUCCCAGACAAAGGGAAUCAAAAACUAAAGGACGUAGGUUUAAGGUGAGAUGGGAAAGAUUUAAAAGGGACCUGAGGGGCAACUUCUUCAUGCAGAGGGUAGUGGGUGUAUGGAAGGAGCUGGUGGAGGAAGUGAUUGAGGCAGGUACAAUAACAUUUCAAAGACAUGGCUAUGAAAGGUUUAGAGGAAUAUGGGCCAAAUGCUGGCAAAUGGGACCAGUUUCAGAUGGGCAUCUUGGUCGGCAUGGACCAGUUGGGACAAAGGGCCUGUUCUGUGCUGUCUUACUCUAUGACUAUAAAUAUCUUUUUUUUAAUCAGAUACACUACAUCCAUUGAUACAUCCUUAUUUAUCCCUCUAUACAAGUUUCAGUUAUAUUAUGUCAAAUGCAAUUUUUCCCUUUAUAAAACCAAAUCAUACUAUAAUUUUCCAAGUUCCCUGUUAUUUCAUCUUUGAUGUUAUUAUUUCUAAUUUCAUCUUGUCAUGUCGCAUUACCCCAGUAAAUAGAAAAUAUUGAGGCAAAGUUGUUGUUUAAUACUUUGAUCACUUUGUAUCAUUGCCUGUGAUUUAUUUUCAAUGGCCCAAUUCCUACUCCAAUUUUCCUAUGUGCCUGUAAAAUCUAUUAUGUUUUAACAAUCAUGGGCUCAUUGCCCCCUUAAUGCCCUUUUGGCAUUUUGCUUAGACAUAUUUGCCCUUCUCAUGCUCUCCAGCAAUUAAUUUGUUAUCAUCAAGCUUCUUUCUAAUAGUUCUGUAAACUACAAUCCUAAUUUGUUUAUGCUUCUGACCAGAUACUAUUAGGGCAGCUGAAUUAUUGUCGAUUAUUAUUUCCACAUUUUUUGCUCACUUCCCUAAUUUGUUUGCAUAUUUCCUUCACCAAUCCUCUUCAAUUAUUCUACCUGUGUCAUGAUAGAUCCUUUAUUAUCUCUUAUCUGUUUUCAAAUGAUUCUGUUCCUGUCUUGCUGAUUGCUAGCUGCACAACUUCUUACAACUGCUACACAUUAUCUUUAAUACUCACAGUUACUCCACCUCCCCUUUUCUCCCCCCC